AUGCCGCGUCCGCGAAGACCCGGCGCGCCAGCACCAAAGCGUCGAAGCCGUAAAGGAUGUUGGUGCGCCAUGCAAAUCACGCAAAGUGAAAUGGUAGGAAAAACACUCUCACCACACAUUGGCAAGACUAAUGAUUUCGUCUGCAGCGGUGAGGAGAAACCAGGAUGUCUCAAUUGUCAACGGCAAGGCGAGCAUUGCGAUUAUAGCGUUCGACUGAAUUGGGGAGGAAGGACAAAGCGCUUGUCGAUUGACUCGCCAAGUUCGCAGUCCGGACGGUUCGGGGGUACUGUGAUCGGCUUUGCGGAUUCGUUCUCAAUUAACAACAUGAGUCCGAUAUCAUUUCCUACACCAACAGACAGCAAUCCCGCAGACGGAUUUGUGAACGCUCAUCCCGCAGAUCUGACCUCACCCGGGGCAACAUCGCCAAGCACAGCAGCACCAGGGGGGCUGUUCGAAUCCCCGAGGCUUGGUUCAAAUAACGAAGAGGUGAUGGCGCCGGGUCAACCAGAGCCGAUGUUCAAUUCUACGUGGGUGGAACAGUCGUCUGCAUUGACAUCACCAGUGCCUCCGGAGCCCUCACCACGGAAUCAUUUUGGAAGUCAGAGUUACGAUAGUCCGUCUUACCAUGGUUCGACGGAUCAGACAUCUGAUCUCGGAGGACUUUCUGCAUUCGCGUUCCACACGCCGGUGUCACAGCCAGUCUCAUAUCUACGCCACUCUGUGGAUGUAUCCAAUCGUCACUCGGAGUCGCCAAUCUUCCACUCGAAUGAUAACAGACACCUAUUCAGCAGAGGGUCUUCGCAAAAUGGACGCAUAAUGCACCUCGAUGUGGACUCCGGGACAGGACGAGACGAAUUUGUCAACAGUCCCCAGAACGAGAGUGGUCUCUCCAACGUGCUUUUCGACACACGCAAUGUCUCAAUCGCCGGAAGUAACGCUGCGUCUUCUCCAAAGCCCCACGGGGCAGCCAGCAACUCCACACAUGACUAUCACAAUGAGCCGAGUCCAAGUCAUCAGGUCUUGACAGACACCAAGCAUGAAUCUGAGCAAGCAUCCCACGAGUCUGCAAUGGCCCGAGACAGAUGGCAGAAAUACUUGAAUAACGUGACCGAUAACUAUGGAUUAGACUCCGGGCGUCCGGAUCAAGAUCUGAAUUUCAACAACGACCACGCCGCCAUUGACAUCAACCGCGCAUUGAAUCUGAUCGAGAGCCCGGGGUCGAUGGCAUCCCCGCCUGUCCCCGAACCACAGGCACAAUUCUGUACUGGUUAUUACGCUUCUCCGGUGCCUAUCAAUGUGCCAAGAUACUUGUCUCCGCUUCCUUCGUCGCUGCUGGAGAACCCAAUCAACCUGAUGUACUUCCAUCAUUUUAUGAACCACACUGCCCGAAUGCUUGUGCCCCACAACUGCGACAACAAUUUGUUCAUCUCAGUUCUACCUUCAAUGGCACUCGGUGAUUCGAAUCUUCUCAACUUGCUACUUGCAUACUCUGCGAGUCAUCGUGCUCGAUAUUUAGGUCAUCCCGAGCCAGCCAACCGAAUUGCUCAUUGGGUCAGUCGUGUGUUCCCCACCCUUCGUGUAGCAUUGGAAUCUUCCACUCAAGACAUUACCGACAACCACUUAGCAACAGCCAUCAUGUUGUUGUCAUUGAAGAUUGUCUCUCCGGGGACAUUCGAAGUACCAAUCACUUGGAAGACUCACCUGAAACUCGCUCGUGAUCUUUUCAUUGCACGAAGUGAGACCAUGGCACGACCCAGCAACAGGAUUGGCGCCUUCUUCUGUCGUUGGCUAGGUUACCUUGACACGAUUGGAUCUUUGUCAUGCCGGGAAGCCGGCCCCCCAUUGACGAUAUACCACUCCAUCUUGACAACCUGCUGCUCGCCCGAUAGCUAUGAUGAAUUUUGCGUUGACUGUUUCUCGGGGUUCACUCCUCGCACAGGCGUAUUUUUGGUCCGCCUUGGACAACUGGUGCAGCAAUGUGACAAUCAACGUUUUGAUGAGGCGGGUAACUUCCGGAGCGACUGGCACCCUUCCGCGGACAUCGUUUUGGAGGCGCAAUCCAUACUUGGUGAUAUCGAUGAGAUGGGUGACCGUGCUCAUACAAGCCUCGGACACAAUGAUGGUGUUGAAUCCUUGGACAUGAUGGCCAUCGAGGAGGCCUUCCGUUUUGCGGGUCUCAUUCACCUCCACAGGCGGGUGCUUGGAUCACCACCUGACACCUUCCCCGUGAAAGAGGCGUUGCGCAAACUCAUAGAUGCGCUUGGGCGUAUGCGCCCAGGUGCAGCUACUGAGGUUUGCUCAUUGUUCCCGCUAUUCACCGCUGGCUGUGAAUCCAGAGAUUCAGCCCAAAGAGCCAAACUUUUGGAAAGAUUCUUUGUCCUAGAGAGCUCGGGCUUGAAGCAGAUUCAAAAUGCACGCCAGCUAAUGCAGCAAUGCUGGGAUGAAAAGCUGCCUUGGGUCGCACUGGCUAGGGGACAGUUCUUAGGCUGA